AAAACUUAGUAAGCACGUUUUAUUUCUGAAUUAAUCCAUGUGAAAAAUUUCUGUACUGCAAAGGUCAAAAAGGUAAUAUUCAGAAUGCGCGAACGCGAAAUAAAAGCACUGUGGGAGGAAAUGGUAUACCAAUGUGGUGGAAUGUUCUCGGAUGAGGAAUUGUUUAAAAUUCAUAGGAGGUUCCUAAGGAGUUGGGCCACUUGUGAAUCCGUAAUAAUGCUGAAAAAGGAAGAUUUAAUGGAACCAAUACGAAAGCGUUUAGUGGCGGCGCCAGCAUCGGAGAAAAAGAAAUCGAGAUCUGCGUUGACUGGAACUAAGCGUCGUUUUAGCCAUUAUCAGGAAGACUCCGAUGAUUCUGAUGAUUCUGAAGACAAUAUACCAUUGGCUGUUUUGAAAAAACGUGCGAACAAUAAAAAACAAAAACCAACAGAAUCUCACGUUGCUCACGUGCCGAAAGCUAAACGGAGCCUUGGUCGUCCCUCAGAAAGUGCCAGGCUUCCGGAGCCGCAAAAUGGUGACAAGAGAAAAGAGCUAAAAGCGAAGAUGAAGGCACAGCGCUUAGCAGUGCGGCAACGGAAAUCAAAGAACUCUGCCGUAAAAAUUAUCGAUGAAGUGAAAGCAGCGCAUAUUGCACCGGUAAUUGAUUUGUCACCAGCUAAAGAAUUGCCGAAGAAGGACACCCGUAAUAUGCCAGGCGACAGCAAAAAGAUUUCUGAGAGGAAUGGACCAAUUACCCAUUCUAAUGAUUCGAUGCAACAAGAAUUGGACGCACCUUUGAUGUUAAAUUCCAUACGCUUUGAUCAUACCUAUAAUCUGGCUCCAACUACAGAUGACAAGUAUUUUCAAAAGGAACAACAGAAAUAUAAUGAUACGGCAGGUUCAACCGAUGAUAUUGAAGUUGAUGAGCUUUUAAUAGACGAUGGUUUGGAAAUGACUGCCCCAAUUACGGAAGUUAAUAUGGAUUUAUGUGAAAUCUUGCAAAAUGAUGGGGCAAACGCUCAACUCGAUAUGCAAGUGGAUAAUGGAAUAGAGCUCUGGUUACAGGAUAUCGAUACCGAAAUGCCAGAUAUGCCGUCAUUAGAGUUCGAAUCAAGCGGAAAUAACGACACAUUAAAUGAAUUGGGACAUUAUGAUGAACAGCAAAAUGAGCCGCCAAAUUUUGAGAACAUUUUAAUUAAUCAGUUAUCUAAUAAUAGUACAUUAUUGGAACUAACAGCAGCAGCAUCAGAGAUACAUAAUCAUAAUAAGGAGGAAUUCAUAUUGGAGGAUCAGCUGGCAACGUCGUUGAAAUCAAAGGAGGAAACUACAGUAAAUAAGACUCCAUUGGAGCUGGAAGCCUCUGAAAUCAAUGAACUAAACUAUGAUUACGAUGAUGAUGAUGAUGUGCUGUCAGUGGUUGCCUCCUGUUAUGACUUGGAAGAUUUGAUAAAUGAUGAACCAGUAGAACUGAAAUCAGUAGAAACUGAAAUGUACCAGCAGCAGGAUGAAAAGAAGAAAAUAGAUCUACAGAUACUAAAAGACCAGCCAAAGGUUAUGCAAUCCCUAUAUAAGGCAUCCGAGAUUAAACCUAAACCAAAACCUGAUCCAGUUGCAGUUGCGAAAAAUCUGGAACCACUUGCAGAAGCUGCAAAUCCGGAACCAAUUGAAUAUCCACAAGAUGAAGUGAAUACACAACGUGUCCAGGCCUUGGCUGCCCGUCGUCCAUCCGUUAAUUGUCCUGUAUUUGCUCCACUCUAUCGGCUGCCACAAGUGCCAAAUUCUUAUGAUAAUAUAACGUCUGUAUCCACUGACAUUUACAAUGGCAUGAAUCUUGGAAAGAUAUUCGGCAUCAAGUGUUGGCCAAAUUUGGACCUUGAGUGCCCGAAAGUGGAUUGUGAUCAUGAAGCUCCAAACAUUCACGAUGUCGUCGGACGUCUAAUGCGUCUCAAUGAGGACGAGUUGAUCUCCAGCUACGAGUCAAUCAGAGAAAGCAGCGUGCUUUUUCAAAAAUACAUAACGCACUUUGCCGAUAUAUUUGCCAACCGUCGCAUGUUUAGAUGCUUACUUCAAACGAUUGUAGAUUGUCGGCUGUAUAAAGAAUUCAUCGCCCCUUCUUUGCUCCACUUAUAUACGGCUUGUAAGCAAUUUGGAAAGGAAGCCGAGGGUCUGAAAUGCAUUAUGCAACAUCUGUGGUUGCCGAGCAAGGCAAGUAAGUUUAAAGAAUUGACCGAAGCCAUUUUGAAUAUUUUGGCGUCGGCCAAUUGGUCAGAUUAUGAGACAGAAUUAACGGAUUUGUUUAAGACCCAUCACUUUCCCAUGCCAAAUGAUUUUAUGACAGCUGUUGUGAAAUCGGCCUUGAUGAAGAGAGAAUUAUUGCAGGUGGCCUUACAGUUGGUGGUGUUACGACGCGUCGAUGGAGUCCAUGACAAGGCCCUUGCUGAAGCGCUAAAAAUGAUAGCUCACAUCGAUGACACUUCGCAACUGGAAUCUACGACUGUCAAAGCAACGUCUGAGCCAUUGCAGCAUAAACCUAAUAGUAGUGAAUGCCAAAAUGGUUCGACUAAAGAUGGCAGCCCUUAGAUAAUUACAAACCCAAAUAAAAACAACGAAUUUUAACAUAAAUUCAUCUAAGGCUCUUAGAAUCGAAACACAUUUUAGAUUCUUACUGAUUAUUUUUGUACACAUUUUCAAAUGUUCUAUUAAAUUUUCAAGAAGAAAUGAAUUCUGUAAACCUUAUUAACUGUUUUUGAUGA